GGACGGACCACGCCUGCAAUUUAAAGAUGGCGGCGUAAAGGAACGCUGAGAGAGUAUGUACGAAGAACUCCAUUUCAAAAACUGUGGGGCAAAGAAAGGAAAGGACAGCGAGUGGAUAAAGAAAGGGCUGACCUCCCUUCUUCACCCCCAGACUGCUGCUCAACUUUAUGACGAGCUAAUUCAAGAUGGCGAUGCUGUCCCAAUAAAAAGAGCUGAUACAGACCUUGCCAUAACUAGUGAAUUCACUGCACCUGAUAGCAAAGAGGGACAGAGACUCUAUGAGAAGUUACGGGCUCAAUUACGUGACUCCCUCCAGCCUUUUGGCCACACCCUCUCCUCUGUCUUGUUCCGCAAGCAAGAAGCAGUUUGGAGACGUGUCGUCAUGGCAACAAAGAACUUUUACUCUGUCGAAAACUUGAAAGUGGUCCUGACAAAAUUAUCGGAAGAAGAAAAUAAAGAGAAUGCAGAAAAUGAUGCCAAGGAUCAGAAGAAAGAGGGUGGUGGGGGGGUUGGAGUUAAACCACCGGAUAGCGUUCUAAUGGAGGUUGGGGUUAAAAGUGGCGUCUCUCUGACCUUCUCUCUCCUUCGGCAAAUGUGGGAUCAGCUCUCGUGGCAACAGAAGCUCCACCGAUCGUUACAGGAAGCUGGCGUUCUUGAUUCAUCAUUCCCUGUACCGCAAGUUCUCUUGCCUAAAGAACUAUUAACUACAAUAGUGAACACUUUCCUCUCUCUCCCUCCUCUGUCCUUUAACACUUCCACUCAAUCUCUCUCACCACUAGCCUCCUCGUGUCUCUCCCAAGGAAAAGAGUUCCUUCACUGGAUUAUAGCUGCUUCCUCUUCUGUCAGUUCUGAGGAGAGAAGGCUAGCAUUAGAGAUUUCAUUAUUAAUUACACUACAAGAAGGGACACUCUCUAGCAUUAGCUCCUGGGCCCUCUCUGUCCUUGAGGUAAUGGCUGGAUAUAAGGAAACUGGUCCUGGUAAUGAUGAUUUAUCACUUCCUUUUUUGUCACUGGAUGUCUGUCAGUUUGUAUUGAAAGAGAUUCAUCACAAAACUGAUGUCAGUAAUAGCAGAGAAUGGAAAGAAUUUAUUCCCAAGGAGGUUACUCCUAAUGGUCAUGUUACUGUAAUGGAGUUUAUUGGUCAAUUGAUAUGUGAAUUAUAUGAAGGCUCCCAGUCCUGCAUUAACUCAUUCUGUGGUGAGAGUAAUGUGGAGAGAGAAAUCACCUCAACAACAUCUGAUGCCUAUGCAUUUGGUAGUAACAGUAGCCAUCAGUUGGCGAUGGGCUCAACUGAGAAAUUACUUAAAGCAACUCCAGUACCUCACAUGAACAAUAUACAAUCAAUAAUUGCUGGGCAGUAUUGCACUUUUAUGGUAUUGCACAAUGGAAGCAUGAAAUGCUGUGGAAAAGGUAGUUAUGGUCGGCUUGGUUUGGGUACCAGUGACGUGCAGACCUCAAUCAAGGACUUGGACACAUUUCCUGAAGGGACACUCGUCAAGUCCAUGGCAACGUCACGAGGAUCUGAUGGACACUCUCUCGCUGUCGAUAAAAAUGGAAAAGUAUACAGCUGGGGAGAAGGUGAAUAUGGUAAACUAGGUCAUGGUAACAAUACAACACAGAAGACUCCUAAGCUAAUUGCUGGACUCUCCAACAAAGUGAUUAGAUCAGUUUCUUGUGGCAAUAGACACAGUGCUGCUGUUACCAUUGACAAUGAAUUAUGGACGUGGGGAGAAGGAGAGCAUGGCAGACUAGGUCAUGGUUCUACAACAUUGUCUAAAGUCCCAGCUAAAGUUGAGUCCAUUGGUCCAGUACAGCAGGUCUCUUGCGGUGGUACUCAUACCCUGGCAUUGUCUACUGAUGGUGGGACUGUCUGGUCCUUUGGAUCAGGAGAUACUGGGAGACUGGGCCAUGGGGACACACAGAAACAAAUUAAACCAAAAGUUAUUGAGGCUCUCAAGGGUCAACUAAUUCAGAAGGUUUCAGCAGCUAAUCAGUUCAGUAUUGCACUAACAAAAACAGGAAAACUAUAUUCAUUUGGUAAAGGUAGUGGUACUGGUCUAGGGACUCCUGAUACAUCAUACAGUACACCACAACUGAUCCAGUCACUAGCUGAUGUUAUCAUUAUUGAUGUUACUACUGGUGAUGGACACUGUCUAGCACUAACACAAAGAGGUGAUGUGUAUGGGUGGGGCACUAACAGCAUGGGUCAGUGUGGCCAGGGACAUAACAACAACUCCAUCAGUAAGCCUGGUAAAGUGGAGGGUCUUGAUGGAGUACAGGUACAACAGAUCUCUGCUGGUACCUCACACAGCAUUGUAUGGACUGCUAUACCUAAUGACAGGUGUGCUACUGCCGUGUGGCACUGGCCUUACUGUAUAAGCGUCGAAGAGAAAACCUUUGAGAACCUGGUAAAGCUAAUAGAGAAAUACUGGGAGACAAGGAACGACACACCAACACCACCUUUUGUGACACUAGAAUCACAGGAGUCCUUUGUAUAUCAUUGCCUAUCAUUGCUCCAGAUUCAUUUGAAUUCAGUUGUGUCCUCUGGCCCAGAUCUUGUACACAUCUCUAUUGGUGGACACACUAAACCAUUGAGAAACCUCCUCAUGAAACUAAUGGACUCACACCUACCACCUAGACUAGAUACUGUAUGCAGUGAUACUAUUGAGGUAUGCUCUUCAGUAUUGUUGCCACCCACUCUUGAUCGGGUUAAGCUCCUCCUCAAUCUCCUCCCACCCGAUCCGAAGCAUUUUAAGUCCCUCACUCCAGGACAGUAUCGUCAGACGGAGCUGCUGCUGAAUGGCUUCACUGAUGAUGUAAGUAGAGGAGACAUUUCUGGACUGCUAGUUGAUGAAGACUACUUGAAAAUAUGCGAAGAAGAUAAUAGUGAUAAUCAUACUGACCCAUGUGAUUGGCCUGGCAGUGCUGUCAGUGAUGAUUUAUUUGCUCUCACUGAGAGAAUGGCUCACUAUCUUGAGCACCAUGCAUAUAUGAGGUCUAAUGGUGAUUCUGAUAACAUUGUCCCUGAUAAGAUAUUAGAAUUGUUUGAUAAGUUCAUACUCCACUGUUACUGCAAUGUGGUGUCAUUUCUCUCUCAAACUGAGAUCCAUGGACAAGAAGAUCGAGUCAAUUUUAAAGAUAUGCCAGUUCAGAGACGCUACAUCAGUACAUUUAUUAAAAUCAUUGAAGGGAUAUCUCUCCCUCUCCUUGCCUCCCUCUCAUCUGUCUCUAGUGCUCAUGAUGUUGAGAAAAAUGAGAAUAUAUUGAAGAGCUUUAUAGUGACAGGGCUAGCCAGCCAUAUUGCUUUAUCUGUUGGUGCGACCAUAGAUAAGGAAUGGUUUGGAGAGACUGUGAGAAGUCGAUAUAUCUUACUUGAGGAUCUGUUCAUUAAAUUAGCAAAAGCUGUUCAUAAGUUGUUAGCAUUCAAUAGUUCAAGGACUUUAGAAAUAAUGCAGAUUGGUGAAUUAACCCAUCAAGAAGAUAUACCUCCUAGUUCAGAUGAUAUAUGGUAUUACUUGAUGCACUUUGAGCAGUUAUUGUGCUAUGCUGCUGGUAAAUGUAUCUAUCACACUGGUGAUAUUAUAGAGCGCACUAUACCAGAUGAGAUUGCUACUCGUUCCAUUAUACUGGGAAAGGAUAAUGAUAAGAGUGUUAAGGAUGGACAGCUAGUGGCAUUACCUGGGGGUGAAGAUGCCUAUCCACAAGCUAUACUCAAAUGGUGCAGGCUAUGUAAGACGCUAUCAGUUAACACUAACACUGAUACUGAUUCUGAUAUUAAUGAUAAUUGGGAUUCUGUUAAAUCAGAUUACAUGCUCUGGACCACUUAUGACCCCAAUUACCCUAUACACAUACCUUGUGAUAAAGACAUCAAUGACAUUGAAGCUUUGAAGCCAGAGGAGUGCAGUGUGCUAGAAGCACUUGCUGUUGGAUUCAUUGAUGGUAAUCCUGAUGCUGACAAACUCUAUAAUGACAUGAUGUCUAUUGCUAGGAAUAAAAAUUGGAACACAGUCUCAGAUGAGGACUCACUCCCAUUAUUAAAGCAGCUCUCAUGGGCAGCACUGGCGUGUUACAUUCAUCACAGUGGGCUCUCUUACAAGGCACUCCAUGGGAAACCAAAGCAGGAGCUCAUUGAUGUGUAUAGAGCUGUCUUCCAAUUAAGGAAAGAAAUAUUCAUACAGCGACCUGUGCCUGAUUCCAAUGGAGAGGUGUCUGAGUUGUCUAAUAAGGUGUUCACUGGUAGAGUCAUUGAUAUUUGUCAUAUGCUCUACUUCAUGAUGUGUAUCUGUGAUAAUUCUGUACUGGAGGAGAACACACCAAUCAUACCCCAGAUCACUGCAAUAAGUGCUGAACGUCAAGUCUCAGUUGAUAGUAUUAUAAAAUCAGGUACUGGUCGAUCUGGAGCCGUAGGUGGAGUAGGAGGUGUGGCCAGAUCAUCAGUACAACUGGUCACUGAUACUGGUCUGACUGGUUUGACAGUUAAAUCUCAUACACUGACGAGGCUAAUGUCACACCCAGCAAAGACUGAGAGAAUAAAGCAGAAUAAGCAAACUGAGCAUGUUGAUGGGACCGUUUCAGAUGAAGAUGUUAAUAACAAGAGUCUAAUGGAAGCUGACAUAGAGUCAUCACUGACCAGCAACAAUACUCCUGCUACUGCUGUGCAUGCUACCAGUGGCUCUGCUACUGAUGCUACUGACCCUACUGGGGCUACUGGUGAAUGGUCACUGGAGGAGGUGAAGAGAGCAUUGUCUUUAUUGAAAUGGCAGAGAGAAAGGCAUCACCAUCAAGUUCAAACGUCACCAUCAACCAGUUCAUUCAUUUCCAAAGUCUGUUCAUUUUUCAAUUCUUUUUUGACGAAUAUUUUCGAAGACGAAGAAAUCAGCAUAGGAGAAAUGCCAUCGCGUGACAAGAUACUAACAUUAUUAAUAUAUCAGACCCAGAGAUCACAGACACUCAUUUCUAUGUUCAAGAGGAUCGAUACUUUCAUUCAGACAUUUAGUGAUCCCAACAGCAUCUUAUUAUCAUCAAAACUGCUCUACCUAACACACUCAAUACACGAGUGCCUCUUUGAGCCAGAAUAUGAUGUUCCUCAUGCCCCAUUGAGACUGCAGCACCAGCUAAAGAGCAUCUAUCAUAAAAUCCUCCAUCAAAUGAUAUCACCAUUGAACUCCAUCACUACCAGCAGUCACCCUAGCAUCACUGCACAGAACAACCUACUCCUAUCAUUAUACUGGCUCUUUACUGCACAUGAACCAACAGAUCUUAAAACUGUGCUAUCAGGUGAUUUGUAUCGCAAUAUAUCACUAACAUCUGGUACUGUCAACACUGCCAUUGUUCCUAACAACAUUAUCAUAUCGGGACCAAUAGCUGGCUUAUUGCAUAGGGCUAGUCUCCAGACUCUAUUAGCCAUUGCCCUCCAGACAGUUAUCAGUAAGGAGCUAUCGACGGACACCAUUAGUCUAUUGACAGUUAUCUGUGACACUCUGUAUGGACAGAUUGAAGCUGCUGUUGACGUGACUAACCCACACAUACAGCAAUCAUGGAUCGACAGGAAUGUUAAUGAUAGCAAAAGAGAAGAAAUACUAGGAGGACAUUUGUCGUUUCUUAAUACUCUUCUGUCGGCCAGUGACGUUCUUUUCAAGUCAGUUUCUAAUCCAAAAUGGUUUGAUUUGUUACUAAGAGUUAUCAACAUUAACGAGGAGAAUGGUCUUCCUAAUGUUUCUUCUCUUAAAACAAGAUUACUUGCUCUUCAGUUAUUAAACAUUAUCAUCAGCAAUGAUAAUAAUAUUGAUAGUAAUAAUCUAACACAAAUCAGCCAGGUUUUGGAUAAUUUAUUUGGUUUAUUGUAUAAAGUGAUGUUUGUCAGUCCUUUCUCCUCCAUUAACAGGAACAGUAUUAAUAAUAACAAUAAGAGCAGCAAAGAGGAACAUUUUCCUCUACAAUUCAGGAUGGAAAGUGGUGCCAAUUGUGUGCUUAAUGAAGAAUACAAUAACUUGAUAUAUAAAUCAACAACCACUGAUCAGCAGUACACAGUCAGUUGGGCUAUUGGUACUGCCCCUAUCCACAAUGGAAUAUUUACAUGGAAGGUUACUGCUAAAAGCCCUAAUCCUGCCUUUUGUGUUGGAUUAUGCAUUAAACCACUAAAUGAUGUUCAGGUGCGUAAUAGUUCAGAAUUGUGGGUCCUAGAGGCUCAGACUGGUAUACUCUAUCAUGAUGGUGAGACUGGGUCUGUCCUUAGCUUCACUGUACAGCAGAAUGAUACUCUCACCAUACAAUACAACAGCACUCAGAAGACACUUGGGUUUGCCAUCAAUGAUAAAGAGCUUCAGUUCCCAUUUUCUGAAGUGUUGAGUUAUGACAGUGACUUAUAUCCAGUUGUUAUCUGCGAUAGACCUCACAACAGAACUGAACUGUUAUUCCAUUCGUUCACUACUACUGAUAAAGGAUCUGGUGCAGGAGCCGGUAGUGAUGGGUCCUCUGGUAUGAUUGAAGAGAAGGUGUCAGGUUAUCCUUUACUGGCCCCAUCAAUGAGUGCUCUCUCUCAGUGUAUUGUUAAUAUAAUUCACAAACUGCAGCUGAAGGAAACAUGGGGGAGCAUCAUUAAUGAGAAAAUUAAAGAAAAGUUCAAUACAAUGAAUGCUCUUGUUGAUCAGCUAAUGGCAGCAUACACUAACGACACUGACUCAUCCAAUCCAUCUCUGUCCUUUAACGAAACCUGUGGAGAAAUAAUUAAUAACUUUUGCAAGGAGGUGUGGCCUUGUCUUGCCGUUGUGGGCGGAGUCGAGCCUGGUUUUAGAAUUGGAGGAGCAUGCACAGUUAAUAAAGGAGGUGUGGUUACUGAGGGCGUGGUCAUUGGCGUCCAGAGAAAUGGGAAGAUUAUUGUACAAGAAGCAAAUGAAGGGGAUGACAGAGGAUUGAAGAAUAAAGAUAGAGAUUUCUCCAAUCUGAGGUUACUCUCUCCCUCUAAUUUCACAUUCCCUCCUGACGUGAUGGAGUACAUUAACAAUACCACACUGAUUAACUUAUCAUUAUUAUCCGGACUACACUAUAACCCACACUCCCUCUCAUCUAUAAUAUCGAGUUUAAAAUCUCCUCCAGAAGCUGAUGGUAGCACCUCUCCCACUGACAAUACAUGUACAUGUACCUCUUUACCCUCGUACAUGAGAUGGAUGGAGCAUUGGAUCCGAUUCUAUUCAUUAAAGACACUUGAAGCUAUCAUGAAUAAUGAUGAGUUUAAUAAGCUCCUCCUACUGUCGACCACGCCCACUUUAAGUGGUCUUGAUGAGAAGAAAGAAAUCAUCAUUAACAUAAUGAAAGCUCCUGUCCCUCCUCCUCCUCCAUCAGCUGCUCCUAUUCCUCCUCUUCCUCCUCCACCAGCUGCUCCUGUCCCUCCUCCUCCCCCUCCUCCUCCUCCUCCUGGUGCCUCUCCUCCCUCUGCUUCGCCAAGUGUUGAGCUGGUUAGGUUACGUGAGAUGGGAUUCGAUGAAGAAGUUGCUGAGAUUGCAUGUAGAAGGUGUGUAGUACCUAAUGAUGUACAAGGUGUUCAGAGACUAGACCACAUUAUUACGUGGAUAUUGGAUCAUCCUGAUGCUGUGGCUGAAGAGAACGAGAGAAGAGUUCAGGAAGAGAGAGAGGAGGAGGCAAGAAUGGCAGCAGUAGAGGCUAGAAGGAGAGCAGAAGAAGCAGCCAGACAAGAAGAGAUGAAUAGGAACCAACAGCAACAAUCACAAACCACUGCAGCACAAGAAUUCCUUUCUUCAUUUGGUAAUUUAUUUGAUGACGACGACGAUGAAGCAGAAACUGCCCCACUUUCUAGUAUUGACCACGCCCCUCUCAUUCUAGGAGGACCUAGCCACACUGAUGAAGUUCCUAAUAUAAGUUUGGCUGGUUUGGAUGUUACAGUCUCAAACUCGAUGAGUUCAUUAUUACAAGCACUCGGACUCUCAGACUCAAACCCGGCCCCACCCACCUACCAAUUCAAAGCUAAGAACCCAAUGGGAACCCUCUUACCCUCCUCAACUAGCGAGGAGGAGGAAGAGGCCUUGCCCUCAGCAGGUACUGAGGAGGCGUGGCUAGCGAUAUCGCCAAAGUGCUCUGAACUGGUUGAACAGGUUAUGAAACUGGUUAAACUGGAUGAGUGUGUGUCUGGAAGUGAGAGAUUAUUAGUAGCCUCAGUAACGCAGGCUUCAAGGAGAAUAGUAUUAAAGCUAUUAUCAUCCCUUUCUAUUGUGACCGAUGAUUCUGUGAUGGAGGACAUUGAACUCAAUAAUGUACAGCAUCUCAUACGCUUGCUUCGUCUGGUACAGGCUAAUCGUGUUGGCAUGGCAACUGAGAGAGGGGAGGAGCUUAAGGAAGUGAUUGGAUCAGCUAUUACUAGUAUUGUUAGUAAGAGUAGAGUAGGAGGAGCUGGAACACAAUUACUGCAAGCUUGUUCUCGUGAUCUGUUAGCUGCUGCGGUAGGAGGUUCUCAGAUAUUAUCAAAGACUAAAGUCACUGAUAAAGAGUCAACUGAUCUCACUGUAUUGACUAAUCCUAGCUUCUCUGUUAGUAAGAGUUUAGUACAGACACUAACACUAGCAGUUGGGAAUAUACACAACAGAUCAGUAAAUGAGUUAUCCAGUAUGACUGAUGCAUUAGCUGCUUGUAUCUUCUCAUCAAAACUACAGCCUAAUGACAGAUUCUGGGCACUCAAACAAUUACUGAAAAUAUUCACACAAAUAACAUCAACCAACAGUGGGAGGAAAACAGCAAAUAAAGAUAGGUGUCCUACUCCAACUCAGUUAUUGUCAUUAAAAGGUCACACUGGACAAAUAAUGAACAAUAGAUACUGCACCAGUAACAACACACUUUAUACAAUUUCAGAGGAUUUCACUCUCAGAUCAUGGACCAUAUCUCCUCCUGCUGAUAGCACUAGUACUGUAUUACCAAUGAAUGAUGCAAUGAAGAAUGAAGGGGCUGAAUUAUUGCUACCAGUUUUAGAAUUAAAUUGUAAUAAAACCUGUAUAUCUCUUGCUUGUGGUAAGGUGGUUAGUAUCUGGAGGGUAAGAGACAGUUCUUGUGUUAGCGUUACUCUCCCUAAUUUGAUUACUGACUUGAAAUGGAGGACAAACGAAGCAGCAGCAGAACCACCUAUACUACUGGUUGGUUUAAUUGAUGGUACAUUGGCUAGUAUAACAGUACAUAAAGUAUCAGUGAGUCUCCCAAUGGAAACUAACCUUGAGAUUAUCAAUGAUGCUAAACUGCCUGAUGGAGGGGCUGUAACUAAGAUAUGCUGGUCGAAUGGUUGGGGCGUGGUUGCAGUUAGCUCCUCCCUCUCUCACCUUUAUUUUUAUUCACAGUACCUUAGCCGCUUGAACUAUGAGAACUCAAUUGAAAUAAAAGUACAGUCAAUGUGUUGGAGUCCUCAAGACAUGUUUUUCUCAGUUUUAUCAUCAGACGGAAUAAUAAAAAUAUACCAACCAAUCGAUGAGGAUACUUAUGAGUUACAGGAGGCGUGGUCAAUUAAUAAUUAUAACAUUACAUGUAUCACGUGGAACCAACUCACGGCAGAUAAUUACACAUCUUUAUUAGCAGCUGGUGAUUCGGAUGGUGUUGUCCAUAUUUGGAGUCUAUCAGUGAUUGAUGCCUCAAUACGUGUUGAUCAUGUUACUGAUAUGAGAGGAGUGGGUGGAGCUAGUGUGACUGCUUUAGUGAUGGAGGGAAAAGAAGCAUUGCUAGCAGCUGGGUAUGAUAAUGGAGGAGUCAUUGUAUGGGACCUCCAGAAUUUCCAUCAAUUAAGAGUGUCAUCUCCUACUGAUGCUACUCCUGGUUCUGUUGUUAGCCUAUCAUGGACUGAUAAAGGAUUAGCUGCAACACAUAAAAACUCACAAACCGUAUCCCUAUUACCUCCUGGUCCAUCAGAUUAUUCAUCAGUACGUGUCACUAGUAUAUGCCUACCAGCAUUAAGACUCAUUGGAAUCAAUGACUUAUCAACCUGCCCCUGCCUAAACUCAUUACUACAGAACUUGCACAACAUGCUACAGGACCAGUACAACUAUGAGAAGAAAGAGAUAUCAAAUGGUAAUCAGUUGAUCCACAGUGAGUAUUUACAACUAUUGACUGGUUUUGCGAUUGGAUUUGGGCUUGAUACUCUCCUUGUGACUCCACCCACUCCUUGUCACAUUCCGGCCAAGGCCACACCCCCAGAGUGGUCAUGGUUGGAGGAUUAUGCUGAUACAAUACGACUGUCUGAGUGUUUUACAAAGCGUCUUCCAUUACCAAAGAACCUGAAGCCGAAUCUACAUGAAGUAGAGAUUAGUCCAACUGAGAAAUAUCAACCAACAGAUAAUUCAGUGUGGUCAGUUAGUAUGGACUCUGAUAUAAUGGAAUGGAUCAUUAAAAAACCAAAAGAUUGGUGGUCAAGAGAUGAUAGUAAAGUCUACUCGUGGGGUAAAGGGAAAUGGAAUCAACUGGGACAAGGAACAAGAGAUAAGACUAUACCUGACCUCAUCAAUGAAUGGGACAACGUUUCACAAGCUGUUGCUGGUAGUUACUGCAGUUACCUUGUUCAUUGUGAUGGUAGUGUUAGCUCUGUUGGUGAUGGGGCCUCGGGUAGACUUGGACACAAUUCAUCCGACAAUGAAACCAGCAUUAGACAGAUUGGAGCAUUCACUGGGACUAAGAUAGUCCAGUUGGUAGCUGGUCCGAGAACAGCAACAGAAACUGAUGAAGGGUUUGCACUAGCUCUCACUGAAGAGGGAGAGGUCUACUCCUGGGGGAGAGGGAGCAAGCACAGGCUGGGCCACUCUAACACUGAUAAUGUCAAAUCACCUAAACUGAUCGAAGGACUUGUUGGAAAAAAUAUUAAAAUGAUAUCUUGUGGUGACAGUCAUUGUGCUGCAGUAUCUGUCACUGGUACUUUAUAUACUUUUGGUAAUUCUGCUGGUGGUAGACUGGGCCGUGGUGAAGAUGCUGCUCCUGCUCCAACUGAAGUGACUACCUUCCUUGGGGACAAUCAAAGAGAUGAGAUACAUGGAGUUAAAAUAGGACAUGUGUCUUGUGGUAAUUCUUAUACUAUUGCCAUAACUCAAGAUGGUAGGCAGGUCUUUGGAUUUGGUAAAGGAGCUAAUUCCUGCUUUGGACUCUCAUCACUCGAUCAGCAAAUAUACAAACCAAUUUGUCUUGGUCACCUCCAGGCCAUGGGUCCAUUUAGUAAAGUGUUCUGUGGUAGGUGCACUGCACUGAUUACUACCAGUGGGAAACUCUGUAUGUUUGGUAAAUUGACUGAAACUGAUCCAGUGAUAGAUACAGCUAGAUAUAUUGAACUGCCUAAUGAGCCUCAUGAUAGUAAAGUGGUUGAUGUGGCAUUUGCUGAUCAAUACAUAUUGUGUGUGACAUCAACUGGUAAUGUGUACUCAUGGGGGAAGAACACUGGAUACACCAUACAGUUGGGAUAUGAGAUUGAGUCUCCUUCUCAAGUUGUUCCUAAACUCAUUAACGUCAUCAGUGGCAAAGGAAUUAAACAAGUAUCAGCAGGUGUACGUCAUGCCUUAUGCUGUACAAUGCCUCCGCCCACUCGUUACUCAACAGUGAUGUCAGUACCGACAGAAAUACCCUUGGAUUACACCAGCCUAACCGGGAUCCCCCUCACUUCCAUAUAUGGUCGAUUACAGACCCUUAGUUUACUCUCUCGAAGGAUCAUGUCCUCAUGGAGGCUGUUCAGUUCUCUCUCUCCCACUGCUGCUCAGGAUAGUGUUAAUCCACUGGAUAAUAGUAUUACUCGUAUGAUGAUUGACCCAGGGCCUGUUGAAGGACUUAUUGGCACUGUAUUGAGGAAGACCAUGAGAAGUGGUAGUCAUGGACCUGGUGUGGUCAUACACAGGAUUCAGAAAGAUAAUAAGCCUCUAUUACCAGUCUUUACUCAAAUGGCUAAUCAGUUAUUAUUGAAAGAUCCAGUGAACUUGCUAUGUGCCCAAAGGUCAUGGAAAGUGACUCUAAUUGGUGAGGGGGCAGACGAUGCAGGAGGAGUGUUUGAUGAGACACUUGCUCAGAUGUGUGAGGAAUUGGAGUCUGUGACAGAAGUUAAGCUAUUGACAAAAACUCCCAAUAGCAUUCAUAAAUGUGGUUUUAAUACUGACAGGUUUGUCUUUAAUCCUGAAUGCACUGAUUUUAAAUUGUUCAAGUUUUUUGGUAUUUUGUGUGGAGUUGGCAUCAGGACAAAGAGACCUCUUAAUCUUCACUUGGCUCCUCCAAUGUGGAAACUGGUAGCUGGAAUGAACCUUACCAUACAAGAUCUUGAGGAGAUUGACUUGUUAUUCACGAGAGCGUUGGUUGGUAUUAGAGAUGUUGAUAAAGGAGGAGUUACUGAAGAUACUUUCUCUGAGGUACAUGUACUAAUGAAGUACUUGUAUUGA